ACGCCGUUUCCAAGGACACAAGUGUAAAUCAUCUCAUCGAAAAGUUGCUGUUUAUUCGAUUUGGCUGCAAAUAAGUGAAAAUGAUUCCUCCAAACGCAUCACUUGUCAAAUAUGACAAUCCUGUGCUUGUUAGUAGAAAUGUGGACAAGAAGACACCAAAGGCUCGUGCCUUAAAAGCAAGUCCAGUUCCACCAACAGGCACUGGUCCAGUGCCAAAUCCUCCAGCUAAGCAGAAACUCGCACCUGUUGAUGCCAAAGCUGCCCAGCAAACAGAUGAAAUCCUAAAUUCAAUUCUCCCUCCAAGAGAAUGGACAGAAAGCGGUCAGUUGUGGGUACAGCAGGUUUCAAGCACACCAGCUACUAGGUUAGAUGUUGUUAACCUCCAAGAGGAGCUUGACAGACGGCUGCAGCAACGUCAGGCAAGGGAGACUGGAAUUUGCCCAGUACGCAGAGAACUUUACUCACAAUGUUUUGAUGAGCUGAUUCGUCAGGUGACCAUAAACUGUGCAGAGAGAGGGUUGUUAUUACUUCGUGUUAGAGAUGAGAUUAGAAUGACAAUAGCUGCAUACCAGACCUUGUAUGAGAGCAGUGUGGCUUUUGGUAUGAGAAAAGCCCUACAAGCAGAGCAGGGAAAAGCUGACAUGGAGAAAAGGAUUGCUGAGCUGGAAGAUGAGAAACGAGAGCUUGAGAAGAAUGUAAAUGAGCUCAAAGCCAAAUGUGAACAAAUUGAGAAGAGAGCUCAAGAACAGAGACAAGUUGAGGAGAAGAAACAUACAGAAGAAAUUCAGUUCUUGAAGAGAACAAAUCAACAAUUGAAGACACAACUUGAAGGAAUUAUUGCACCCAAGAAAUAAAUGAAAGUGACGAAAUACAAACUGUUCUGUUCACGCGUUUUUUACUGUGAUAUUCUAUAUAUAUCUGAGAGCAAUAAGUAUUGAUAUCUGCUGAUAAAAAAAAACAAUAAAAGUAUUGUGUAGCAUUUACAAAGAUAAUGUAUUGUACUGAAUCCGAGCCAAUUAUUUUACUGUAUUCAGGCCAUAUGCAAGUGAAAAUUAACUUAUUGCAUUCACAGAGGACUUAAAUUGAACAUUUCAAGAACACAAAUAUUUGAACUAUUGUGUAUUAAAAAAACAGGCUAAAACAGUAAGCCUUGUUUUGUUAGACGAGGUCUGGAAUACAGAAUGAAACUGCUGUAAGUUAUUUAUUCAUGAAAAUGCAUUUGUUUUUUUUCUAAAACAUAUUUUUGUUAAUAAAUCUUCACACCUAUGUUUGGUAUAAUGAAUUUACUGUUUAUAAGUGAAAUGUGCAGGCCAUCUUUUUACAGAUGGUGUAUAAAAACUGCUGAAAAUUGAUUAAAACAAAUUUAGAAGUACUUAAUGCCAAGCACUUUUCUUUAAGGUACUCUGUUCAAUAAUCAAUAUUCAUUAGAUCUGAGUCACCUGAAACGUCUUGUGAUAAAAUAUUCAAUGAAACUCGAGGUAAAAAAAACUAUAAAAUUUGUUACUGAAAUUUUAUAUUGCAUGAGUUUACAUAAUAUAUUAUUAUGCAUAAAUAACAUUCCAUAUUAUUAAAAUCAUUUUGAAACUAUGAA